AUUUUUUAAUGCUUAUAAAUAAUGUAAAAAGGAGAGAGAAAGCAAAUGUAGGAAGGGACAGGCUAUGAUUCUGUAAGAAAACACUGAAAACAGAAGCAUUUGAAGCACGAAUCCAGAGAAAUCGAAGCAUAGACUUUCAGCCACAAGCUUUCAGCUUUGUUGGAUUAUAUAUAGAGAGAGCUUUUAUUAGUGGUAAGUUGUUUUUGUUGCGCUUGUGUGCAGAGGGAGAGAGAGAGAGUGGAAAAAAACAAAGGCAAUGGAAGUGGGUCAGAUGCAGGGAAGGUUGGUGGACUACACCAAAUCCUUGUUUAUGGAGGGUUUCUUGGAUGGUCAGUUUUUACAGCUUCAGCAGCUUCAAGAUGAGAGCAACCCAGAUUUUGUUGUUGAAGUUGUGUCUCUCUUCUUUGAUGAUUCUGAGAAACUUCUCAAUGAUCUCACCAUGGCUUUAGAUCAGCCAAAUGUAGACUUCAAAAAAGUUGAUGCACAUGUGCAUCAAUUGAAGGGUAGCAGCUCCAGCAUUGGGGCACAGAGAGUUAAAAAUGGUUGCAUUGCUUUUCGCAACUUCUGUGAGGAGCAGAACAUUGAAGCGUGCCUGAGAUGUCUUCAACAAGUGAAACAAGAGUAUUACCUUGUGAAGAACAAGCUUGAAGCAUUGUUCAGGCUAGAGCAACAAAUCGUGGCAGCUGGUGGGUCAAUUCCUAUGAUGGAAAUGGGUUUUUGAAGACCCAUCAACAUGAAGGGAAAGCAAGAUUUGAGGGUGGUUUAUACUGUAGCACAAAUGGUCUUUGUGAUCCACUUCAUUUCUAUUACUAUAAGGUUCUCUUUUGUCUUACCUGUGAGCUUUUGUUGUACUAGUUUCCUACUAGUUUCACUCCCCUGACCUCAAAUGAACCUUUCUGUUGAUAUUUCUCUUUCACUACAACUAUUUCUUCCAUGAAUUUGACUCUUGAUCUGUUUGUGAAGCACUAGAAUUAUUAGAUUUCUAAUGCCAUUCAUUCCUUGGGGUGGCUCUGCAAUAUUUUGAUGCUACUGGUAUAGCAAAAUUGAUAGAAAACCAUGCAUCAAGUCUUUAAUGAAUGAAAGACUGGCAUGGAAUGCUGCUUGCCAAUGGAUCAAAACAGCAGGCGCCAGAUUAGAUCCAUCAUUUGGAAACAGCAAGCAUUCAUACACAUGCACACGUGUGACUCAUGUCGGGUGAUUAUAUGACUGUCAAAACAAGCCAAAUACUGAAUUUCUGGCAUAUAAUCCCCAAACUAGGGUAUUGGCCAUCAUCAUUGUUUU